AUGACAAUUGAGCUGAAACCUUCUUCCUCUGGAAAAACAUGUUCAUCAAGCAACGAGCUCUUUCACAUAAAUGUUGGCUGCCCUUAUGUUCAGCACCUGAAGGUUAAAAGGAAACAUACAUGGUUUGAGACAAGUGAAGAUUUGAAAAUACAGUAUGAUGAGGGAGCGUUUGGUUGCCCAAUAGAUGUCUAUUAUGGAGAUCCAUUUCGUCCUUUAGUUAUGCUAUAUGAUGGUGAUACAUUUAUUAAUAUUGUUGAAUCAGAGUAUGUAUUAUGGGAAAUGAAUGGCAGGACAGAUUUCUUUUACAACGCAACCAUGAAUGAGGCACAGUGUUCACGUUAUGCCCAGAACUGGCAUAGUAUGAUUCAGAAAGACCAAGACCAAGACCUAACACUUGAGGAAAUAGAUGAAAUUUGGGGACCACAUUACUGGAUGAAUGAAUACACCUCUUCUCUUGGAAUUGGAGUAUUCCAUUCAGGAAUAGAGAUAUAUGGCAGAGAAUUUGCUUAUGGUGGCCAUCCAUAUCCCUUUUCUGGAAUAUUUGAAAUUUCUCCAGGAAAUGCAUCUGAACUAGGAGAAACAUUUAAAUUUAAAGAAGCUGUUGUACUUGGAAGUACUGACUUCAUGGAGGAGGAUAUAGAAAAAAUUAUAGAAGAACUUGGAAAAGAAUUUAAAGGAAAUGCCUAUCACUUAAUGCACAAAAACUGCAAUCACUUUUCUUCAGCUUUAUCAGAGAUUCUCUGUGGAAAAGAGAUUCCUCGUUGGGUGAACCGCCUUGCUUACUUCAGCUCCUGUAUCCCAUUUCUCCAAAGUUGCCUACCGAAAGAAUGGCUUACACCUGCGGCACUCCAGUCUAGUGUAAGUCAGGAGCUUCAGGAAGAACUCGAAGAAGCAGAAGAUGCUGCAGCGUCCUCUUCCCUGUCAAGCUCGGCAUCAGCAUCAAGAACUGGACAUCACUCAAAAAUAUAAGUUCAA